CAUGGCGUAGCGUUUCUCGGAUGUUACUGUCAGUAUUGAGAGCGAGAGCAGCAGAGACAGAGCAAGAUGAGUGUGAAAUUGUAUUACACCACUGUGACCGGCUCUAGGGAGGUGAAAUCCCAGCAGGCAGAGGUGAUGCGAGUCAUGGACAGUAAAGGCAUCACAUAUGAAAUGAUUGACAUUGCACAGAAUAACUCUUUAAAGGAAGAGAUGAGGACCAAGUCAGGAAAUCCUAGAGCCUUGCCUCCUCAAAUCUUCAAUGGUGAACAGCACUGUGGGGGUUACGAGGACUUUGUAGAGGCCGUGGAAACGACCGAUGUGCGGAAGUUCCUGAAACUCGACUGAGAUCUUACUUGCGCCCAAUUAGCCAGAGGCAGAGCGUGGAGGCUGCCUGAAGCAACUUGCUGCCCUGCGUGUGGAUCCAGCUGUGUUAGUCUUUUAGAAACCAUAACAGCUUCUCUGCCUCGCUACUUUAUUGGGAACUUGCUGCCCAUUCGCCAAUUCUAUUGUAUUGUAAACUGUUAAUGAUUUAAAAAUUAGUCAUUCCGCCACCGAAUUAAAACCAAUCCAUUCCUUGGGGUGAGGUUGCUGGCUGAAGGAUACAAAGCCAUGGAGCAGGGCGAGGGGAGGGGUGGGGAGGGGAGGUUUGAGUGACUCUCAGCUCAGGCAAACCCAGUAGUUUGGAAAGUCACUGCAUGGGACCAAUCCAUAGAUUGCGUUUCUCAUCUGUUCUUAGAUAUUUGUCCAACUCCUGAAUGGAAAAAGCUCCACUUUGUUUUCAAUAGGAAUGUGCUGUUCUGGGUGGGUUCAAUUCCUGGAAACUGGCCUCUUAAUUAAACAAAGGGAAAUUUGGUUCAUUGAGUCUGGUGAAGGUAAAGGGUUCCUGGGUGAUGAGAGGGGAGGAAGUCCAGGCUAGUGGAAAGAAUGUUGUUUUCAUUCUCUCUAGGGUGAGAGCAAUUGUUGGAGUGAAUCAACGAUGUGUUGAUAUUGAGACUAAAGGCACAAAUUGGGAGGUUGUAGGGUGGUAACUGCUCUAAAGAAAUGGUCAAGUUUAGCAUUGUCUUGUUACCGUUUUAAACAUGGUGAUUAGCUCUGAUAACCUGGCAGUUAGGGAAGACAUUACAGCAUUGCGACCCCAGGCUGUGAAAAUGAUCACUAUCCUGUGAUUAGGCAGUUUCAUGGGACGGACGGGGUUUAAAUGUUGGCUGCUCUUCUCCAUACAUUAGGGAAGUGGGCAUUGCCCCUGUAUGCUAGUGUUUCUAUUGGGAGUACUUUCCAGACUCAGUGCAUGGAUAGUUUGUGGAUUGUAGCCACUUUGGGAAUCCAGAGUCGUUAUUACAGCCCUGAGUUUGUGCAAUUGUCCCGUGUUCUUUUAGGAUUUUGAGUGCCAUUGGUUGGUAAACCAACAAUCACGGUCCAAGACAUUCAGUUCUUACUUCCUUUUAAAAAUGUACUAUCUCUCAGAUCUAGCAACACUCUGCCAUUGAAAAUACAGAAUUCCUCUACCUCUAAUCUGCCUGGUACUUUCUCUUUUAUGUUCAGUGCUUUGACCAGCUCUAUCUAAACAAAAUUGGUGAUUUAUUGUUCUGGCUGAUUUGUCAUGGCAGUGAAAGGGAUACACACAGAUCAUUCAGCAAAUGCUUCACUGUAAUAUAUACUGCCUUUGUCUUUGUCUCACUCUCUUGACUGUCUCCUUUUUAAUUCUUGUCUUUUUCUUACUUUAUUGUGUUUCUGAUUUUCUCUCUCCCCACCCUGCCCUUUUAAUUUCCCCUCUUCUCCACCCUCAAGUUCUCCUUCUUUGUUCCUAGUCUGGGCCAAUUAGAAAUUCUGCCAAGAUAUUUAAUGUCUUCCAGGAAGAUAUGAAAAUGUUUUGAACCCACAACCGGAGUCUUGCUGCUUUAACAUGUCUCUUGUGUGUUUAUUUUUUGACAACACCAGCGCCUCAUUGAUUCACAGAUACACAAGUGGAGAGGAAGUGAGUGAAGGAGGAGCCAGCUGUGACUGUGUCUGUGUCCAGGAUCAGUGUCAAUAGUAAGGGCUUAGGAUGGAGCUAUUGAGUUUAUACAGGAGGCUUUGACAAUGCAUACACAGUGAGACAGAUCCAGGACAGCAAGUUGCGAGUUGGACCAGACUGAGUGAGUUCUGAACCUGGGCAUGUGUGUGAAAUUAUUGAGAUGGAGGCUGUGCUGGGAAACCUGAAGGGAAAUGGAAAAUACAUUUAACGUGGAGGCUCUGGAAGGAGGUGAGAUUUCAAACAGCUGUACGAUUUGCAGCAGCUGCUCGAGUCCUCCGGCCAAUUUCUAGUCCAGUCACUUGUAGCUGUGACAAACCCUUGCAUGUCAUCAUCGUCAUUGUAAAUCUGAGGGGACGGGAUAGUGUGACCAAGACCUGGUUUUGGCCUGGCUCUGAUUCUAAGAUUCUGCGUGCACACCAUCAUCCUCACCCUCCAAGCUUGUGCUGAAUUCUCCCAGCUAUUUCUUUUGGCCCUAGUAUGUAAUCCGGUGACAAUUAGCAGUGAAGGAUCCUGGCUGGUGGAGGAAUGGGGAACCGUGUUUAACACUGGAACCCUAACUCGCCUGGGAAUUUAAAGGGAUCCUGUGUAGAAUCCAGGGAUGUACACAUUUGAGGCGGGGAUGGACCAAGGUGGGGGAAAUGCCACUGACACCCAGGCCAGAGAAUUGUACUUAACUUGGGAUUUCAAAGUGGAGCCUUUGCUUUCAGGGUUUGGGGCAAUCCAUCCCCUGAGGGAAAUACAGGGGAGGGCAAGGGGACUGUCAGGUGGGCAAACAAUUCUCUGGCACCACCGGUAGAAUAUUGAUAUCUUAGGUUUAUACCUCUGUGGCUCUGUGCAGAUGGUUUCAGUUCCUGGUAAACAAUCCGCUCUUCCUCAAUCUCCUCGGAUGCAAAUUAAAGCCAGGCACUUGGCAGUUCUCCCACUUUCUCUGAAUUGAAUCAUUGCCUCAGUGUUUCAACAUAAACAAACAGAAAUAUAUUUUAUAGCAGCGGGACUGGAUUUUGGAAGUUGUUCAAGUGUUGAGCAACAGAAAGUCCACAGUUCACUGAUUAAGAUGUAUUUGUAUUAUUUUGCAAUAUCAGUUAAGAUGGUAGAGAAAAGCCCCAUUCUCUUCUUUGAAAUAGAGAUAAUUUAUACUAACUUGAGAGGCCAGAUGGGUCUUCAGUUGAACUUCUCAUCUAAACUAUGCUGCACAAUUCUGUACUGCAGCAUGAGUCAGCCUGGACUGUGCGGUCACCAUUCUGGAUUGGGGUUACUGUCUGUCACUCAGACAAACACAACCCAGAGUCAGAAAUGGCACUGCUUUCCAAAAAUGAUAUUUUGUCGGUACCUUGGGCAGCAAUCAAUUUGGGAAAGGAGAUACGUGCCCAGAUCCCUCCUUUCUCUGGCCCAGUUAUGUCACUUUUGGCAGCGGAGCAAAUUUGAACUUCUGCCUGUGUGCUGUUGAACACUUACAUUUGAUCCAUGUUUUGAUUCAAUCUGAUAACAGUUUUACUCUCUUCCCUUUUGCCAUGAUGCUAUGGACUGCAUAUAUUCAAAGUAUUUCUAUCUCUUCGGGAACCUGUAGGUCUCGUAGAAAGAGCAGAAAUCAACUUGGUUAUGACCAGAUGGAGCAUCAAGAGUGGAGAUCCCAAGACCCCUUUCUUGGUUGAAAUUACAUGUCAUUUGUCCAACACAGCGCUGGAUAUUAGCUGGGAUGGAAAGGUUUUAAUUAUUGUGUCAGUGAUAACUGUAAUCUGGGGACAGAGAAGGUGCGGAGACUGAGAGCUUGGAUUGUUUUGUGGUUUUAUAAUUAUGGUCUUGUUCUUUGCAGCUGUACAGAGGGGGAAUUUAUCUAAGGCUCAUUGCAAAUCAUUCUGCGUGAUUUUUAUAAAUUGGAGAAUGAGAGCAUGACUUACAAGUUUAUAAUUUGUUGCCCAUCCCCAGUUAUUCUUGAGUAGGCAGUGGGAAAGCCACGGCCUUUAAUUGUUGCUGCGGUCCAUAUGGUACACUGACAAUGUGUUGUUAAAGCAAUCCCUUCACGUCC